GUCUGUGUUACAAUUGUCACAGCAAAUUCUAAAAAUUCAUCGAAAAAUGUCAUACAUCUCAUCAGUAAUACAAUAUCAGUUGAACCGUGCCGUAGCUCCUGCAAAUUAUCUAAUAGAUUGUGAUGACACCUUAUCUUAAAGCGCUUAAAAUUUAAAUCAAGCUGAAGAGGAAUUAGAUGCGAAUAUUCUUGCUUUUCGUGCUGUGAUGCAAAUCUCUCUCUCUUUCUCGCUCCUCUUAACAACUCGUACGUUUGUAAUUUUUGGAACUAAGCACGGUCUGGUAUAUGCAUAUACAUAUCAAGACCUGCGAGCCUGGCAUUAUCCCUUAACUGAUUAAUUCAAACGGAAAUUACAUGAGAAUGCCACGAGAUUCAUCCAAUUACCUGAAGUCCAGGACGAAACGCCGCAAAAGCGUGGCAUCUUUGGCAAUAUGCGGCAUCAGGAUAAUAUUAUUUGGCUGCGCCUUGUCCACGUUAAUGAGGCCAACUCACGCAGUAGUCAAAGAAUUGACAGCCGAAGAGGGCAGUGUCAUAGAGCCGCGCUCGGACCAUGCCAACGCCGGCGAGCAUCUGGGACAUCUUCACUUUCCCUCGACAGAUUUUACCCCAUUCGGAUCAAAGGCAAACUAUACAGAAGAGACAAUUUACUCGACUGCGUUCACAGAUAGUCUGCACAGUUUCACCCACAGUCUAUUUGAUAAGAUCGUAGUCAGACGGCAUUCAAUACCGCCCGGCUACAUUGUGGUCAAGAAUGGCGACACUUUCGCUCUGGGACCCAACGUGGACAAAAAUGAUUGGCACACUCUUCUAGCGGAGCAUUUUGUAGCAUUCCUCUUGGUGAUAUUUCUGCUCAUCCUUAUAAUUAUCAUGCCUUUUUUGGGGGUCUGCUAUUGCUGCUUCUGCUGCUGUAAACGUUGCUCACAAGGAUGUCCGUUCUGCGAUAAAAAGGACGACGAUUGCAGACGCUUGAUCUGCGGUAUUAUACUCGCCAUACUUUUAAUUGGAGUUCUUUUGGGAAUGAUCAUUGCCAUUGCCUCGAAUAUAUUAUUGGACCAUGGCUUUGAAUACACAAGAGAGACAAUGCGUCGCGCCAGCCAAGACACUUGCACCUUUCUGCACGAUACAUCCAACCAUAUUCAACAUUUGCUUGUGCGUAACUAUCAGGAGAUGGAUACGCAUAUGACCGAUAUUUUAAUGAAUGCACAUCAUCACGUAUUCCUGGACCUGUUGCAUAGCUCGCAGGCCAAUGUAUUGUUUGAUAUCGAGCGCAUAUUGAAUAGCAUGCCAAAUGCGUUGAUUCUGUUCCGGGAAGUGCACAAAUUGGAAAAGGAUUUGCGUUUCUAUGGCGCACAGCUGCGAGAUGGAUUGCGUUCUGUUAAGCGGGACCUGUCCUUUGCCCUUGCUGCACUGUGCGGCAAUCGGGAUUGCCUGAACUUCUUGAAGAGCUCGAAUAUCGAGACGAUGGAUACCUCCAAAUGUCUGCACUUCGAUGAGCUGCCCGUGUCCUCCAAGUAUAUUCAUUUGGUCGAUGAGCUUAUUCACAACGAUACGGCAAGAAUACCCAACGACGCAAUUGAUCGUCUCCAGGCAAUAGGGGUAUACAUUAAGCAAGCCAUCGAUCCUGUGACCCCGCCCUUAAUACGCGAUCUGCACGAGGGCAUCACUCAGUUUCACAACCAGGCCCAAAAUAUGCGCAAUAUCAUCGAUUCCGUGAUAAGCCACAUUCACUUUAAAACGCUCAAAGGAACCAAGUCGCUCGACGAUGUCUACGACAAAUUUGGGGUCUAUCGUAGAGGCACCAAUCUACUUAUCUGCGUCAUGCUGGGAAUCGUACUCUUUCUACUUAUCCUCGCGCUGAUAUUCGGCUGCUUUGGGCGCCUCAGACAUAGCCAGGCCGUGAUCUUCUGCAGCAAGGGCACCGGAGCUAUCUUCCUGUUUUUCGCCAUAAUAUUGAUAUUCUGCGUGUUGUCGGCCAUCUUGCUGGUUGGCCUAUUUUACUUUGUCUUUGGCCUGAUCACGUACCAGGGCGUCUGUGCGCCGUUGCGGGAUGAGACAAAGAACGCGUUCUUCCGCCAGAUGGACGCGACCAUUGAUCUGCAGCAAUAUUUUCCAAAAAACGAUUCGAACUGGCAACCACCCGCACCAUUGCACAUUUCAGCUGCCAUCGAGGCGUGCGAGGCGAACGAGACGAUUUUUAAUCUGCUGCAGCGGAACAAUUUGUACGAUGUCAACGAUCUGGUGCGCAUAGAAGUUAUCGCAGCUCAUCCAACGCCAAAUGGAACCAUAUUUCCGGCGAAUGUGUCCACCUAUGAGGUGCUCACCCAGCAGGAGAAGGACGGUCUUAAUGUGGCGGCGCAGAGCAAUCUGUCGGACUAUCACAGUUCGAUAUUCCUAAAGCAUUUGUGCAAAACGGUGGCACCCGUCGACCUGCCCAGAAUGAUUACUCAGCUGAGAGAUUUGCGAUCCGGCCUGCCCAGCGUUUGGGGUAUCUACGACACGGCGAUAAUUGCCUUGGGCAACCAGGCAUUCGCCCUGGAGAAAUACAACAAAGAGCUCGCGGAUAGGGUUCGAUCUACUCUCAUUAAAAUGACCACGAAACUACUCGAGAUCGAUAGACUUAUACUGUACGAGGGCAGACCGUUCGGCGAGUCUAUCGAGAAGCUAAUCCAAUUGGCGGAUGCCUCCGAAGUGUUCAUCAGAAAUUCGUCCGAAUCGUUUGUCAAUGGACUACGGCAGAAUCUCUCGGUUUUUCUUGAAGAUGAGGUCGCCAACUAUAUCGAAAGGGUCGUAAAUUUCUGCAAUCGCGAUGUUGGACGCUGCGCACCACUUGCCUACAUAUAUUACCGUGGUGUGGACCUGAUUUGUCAUCGACUUGUCGAUCCUAUGAAUGGCUUCUGGUUGGGCGUCCUGAUCUGUGGCGUGCUGCUCCUGCCCAUCCUGUUUGUGUCCCAUCGCUUGCUGUGCCUGUACAACAAGAUUUAUCCGUCAGCAGCUGUCGCCGUGGCCGCGGGCGGCUGUCCAAUCUGCACAGGCGGCGGCCUACCUGGAUUACCUCUAUUGCCAAUUACCUUCGGUGUAUGCAAUGAAUUGGAUGACAAUCGUUAUACGGAUAGAAAUGCUGCCGUCAGGUCACCAGCAGCUGCUGCGGAGGUCGAGAAUUCGGAGUUGGUGUUGUCGAUGAGCAGCAAGCAUAAACAAGAAUAACAGAUUACAAUUUAACUAACACCAUAUUUUCUUGCCCGUUCUUUAAAUGUAUAUUUAAUCGAAUGUUUUUUCUGCAUUGUGAAUAUAA